CUUUUGAAGGAAUUAACUACUUUAAACCCUACUCUCAAAGCCAUGUUCCUCCUCUUCCUCUCUUCUUCUUCUUCUUCUUCUUCUUCUUCUUCCUCUAACCUGCGCUGAGGUAUCUUCAAUUCCCCAGGGGUAUUUUGACAACGGAGAAUAUGUCCACAGCAGCCCUCCAUCUCUCUCCUUGUUUCGACCUUUCCAACUACAACAGCAACUCAAAGCCUUUUCUAUUCUCAAAAACUUCUUGCAAAAACGACUCUGCUUUCACAAGGAGCUCUUCCUUUGCGGGUUCCCUAAAUUUUUCCCUCGUCAUCAACAACACUUCUCCAGAUUUUUGUCGUCUCAGCAACGGCCAUCGCUGCUCCCUGCGUGUGCUCCGGUGUGCGCCGGAGAAAUCAGAGCCUUCCAUUUCGGUUGACCGUGGUUACGGCAGUAAUGGUGCUUGUGAAGAAAGGGUAGUUGUGCUUGUCAUUGGUGGAGGGGGAAGGGAACAUUCACUUUGCUAUGCCCUGGAGCGGUCUCCUUCAUGUGAUGCUGUAUUUUGUGCACCUGGUAAUGCAGGUAUUGCCAGUUCAGGAAAUGCUACGUGUAUACCGGACCUUGACAUAAGUGACAGUUCAGCUGUCAUUUCCUUUUGCCGCCAAUGGGCUGUUGGACUGGUUAUUGUGGGACCAGAGGCUCCUCUUGUUUCUGGUCUUGCAAAUGAUCUGGUGAAGGCUGGUAUACCUACAUUUGGCCCAUCUUCUGAGGCAGCUGCUUUGGAAGGCUCCAAAAAGUUCAUGAAGAAUUUGUGUGACAAAUAUGGAAUUCCUACUGCCAAGUAUAAAGCUUUUACAGACCCAUCUGCUGCAAAGCAGUAUAUUCAAGAUCAAGGGGCUCCUAUUGUCAUCAAGGCAGAUGGAUUGGCUGCUGGAAAGGGAGUUAUCGUUGCUAUGACACUGGAAGAGGCUUUUGAAGCAGUAGACUUGAUGCUUGUCAGGGGAGUUUUUGGUUCUGCAGGGUGUCAAGUCAUUGUUGAAGAAUAUCUUGAAGGGGAAGAAGCAUCCUUUUUUGCCCUUGUGGAUGGGGAGAAUACUAUACCUUUAGAAUCUGCUCAAGACCAUAAACGAGUUGGGGAUGGUGAUACAGGCCCCAAUACCGGCGGGAUGGGGGCAUAUUCUCCAGCACCAAUCUUGACUGAAGAACUUAAAAAUGUGGUCAUGGAAUCUAUAAUUAUUCCGACAGUGAAGGGGAUGUCAGCAGAAGGGUGCAAAUUUGUUGGUGUUUUGUAUGCCGGGCUUAUGAUUGAGAAAAAAUCUGGGUUGCCGAAGCUGAUUGAGUACAACGUGCGGUUUGGUGAUCCUGAGUGUCAGGUUCUGAUGGUACGUUUGGAGUCCGAUCUGGCACAAGUUUUGCUUGCAGCCUGCAGAGGAGAACUUGAGGGGGUAACACUUAACUGGUCUCCAGGGUCUGCCAUGGUAGUAGUGAUGGCAAGUAAGGGUUACCCGGGUUCCUAUGAGAAAGGAACCGUGAUUCGGAACCUUGAAGAAGCAGAACUUGUUGCUCCCUCUGUAAAGAUAUUUCACGCAGGAACUGUUUUUGACUCUGAUGACAACUUCACUGCUGCGGGGGGACGUGUUCUUGGCGUGACUGCCAAGGGUAAAGAUCUCAGAGAGGCAAGGGAUAGAGCGUAUCAGGCUGUAGAGGAAAUCAAAUGGCCAGGAGGCUUCUAUCGGCGGGACAUUGGUUGGAGAGCUCUUCCCCUGAAGCAUUUAGCUACCAAAGGGUAAAAAACAAAAUGUUGAAAAUGUUGAUGGGCAUGUAAGGAAAACUUGUUUUCCCAAAUGGUUCAUAAACUAACUAAAAUCAUCUCACUGCACAAAGUUUUCAUUUUAUUUAUUACCCAGAAAUGAUAAACAAGGGAAAAAAAAUCCAUGUUUAUUCCAACAAAGUGAUUUACUUACUGGUC